CGAUCCUGGAAUCAGCCGCACUUAUGAGGGGCUAUUGAGGCUGUGUGUAGGUGGCUUAUCAGAGCUGAGCUGAGGCGCAGCAUUAUCCACCAAUAGCAAAUGCAGUAUCAUGCAGCUAAGCAAUGCUACCUCACUCGACUCGUUGUCUUCAGCGUCACCAGAGCCUGAUCCUCCAUGUGAACAAAACAGGCCAGAAGACGACUGAACUGUGAUAAUGACAGACAAGACGGUGCUCGAUUCGAGCCUGCUGGACCUCCCGCUGCCGCAACUCACCAAAACGGCAAUAUCCAGCGAGUACUGGGCCUACCGGCACCAAGGUCAGCGCUUCAAUAGCGUGGAUUACGAUCUGCAAUCAUUUUGGAUAUACUACAACAAAGAAUGCGCCAGAGCUCUCCACAACGGAGGGCGAUACGUGGCUCUGAGAUCUCACCGCGAUGUGGCCGACUGCGUCCGCAAGCUUAAAAGCGGGAUGCUGCGACAUGACAUCAAGGAGGAGCUGCGAGAAAAACUUACGGCUUUUCAUGACAACGAAGACGAGAUGCUCGACAACUCAAUAGACUUGGCCGCCAGUCUGCUUUUGAUGAUGAGCUUCUGCAGCUUCGCAUACGGUUUCUCUGGCAGGAGUCCUCUUCACUGGAGUGACGGAUCACUGGAGAGCUUUGUGUCUGAGUACUUCGAUCCUGGAACUGCCCACCAGGUCAAGGAGAACGUCAGAAUGGAGAAAAUAUUUACUGCACGCAACUUAUGCCGCAUCGCAGGACUGGAUAUCGUUUGGACGGAUAACUUGGUAGAUCAUCUCCGCUUGACGGAUGACGACCGACGCGUACACAUCUUCCAUCAUGCUUCGUUCCUGGAAGUCCAAAGACAGAGUACCGACUCCCUGCUACCCAAGGGUCUCGCGGAUGAGACUUUGAGGACAUUGGCACUCCUCUUCCCAUCCUCGGACUUGGAAACGAAAAAGUGGUUCUCCAAGUUGUCCGACGCUGGACUCGACAAACGAGUCAUCCAGUGCGGGCAACUAAAGACCGACCAUCGGCAAACUGAAAGGUUCGGAUUUUGGAGUGAUCGUCUUGUCAUAUUGAAGCAGGUCUUUGAUGAAGCACAGCCCAAAUCUUUGUCGCAAUGGUGGCAUGAUAGGCGGAACGGCGUUCAAUGGUAUACAUUUUGGGUAGCCGUGCUGGUUCUUGUGUUGACAAUAUUCUUUGGUUUGGUACAAAGUAUUGAAGGUGGUUUGCAAGUGUAUGCCUCCUUCAAAGGACUCCAUGGGCCAACAUGAAAGACGGUCAGAAGUCAGGGUUAGAUCCUACUCGCCACCACGUCUUAUCCAUGAGCCAAGAUUCGGCAGCUACAAGCUCUGCAGAGACGCAUAUGCUGUAAUUAUUGAGGGGCCCAGACAUCUUGGUUUACUUGGCAAUGUUAUUUGAUCCGCUAUGGCAAGCCUGUGGCGACGCGAUAAAGUAUUGACUGGUGCCGAUGUAUGAAAUUGGGGGGAUCCGUUCAUUAUCGCCGUGCAACAAACUCUCAGUUCCAAGGAUUUAAACGGAAGUUAUAGAUGUCAGUUUAGGCUCCGUUCUCCUUGAACUACUACGACGUUUAAAGACUGUGCC